AUGGAUGUCGAUGAGGAGUCGAGCGAGGAAUCCGACGAUUACGAAGAUGAUGACUCAAAGGACGAGCCGCCAAAGAAGAGUAAAGGCAAGGCUGCUCCCAAAAAGACACCUCCUCCCAAGAAGUCUCCCGCCAAGAAGCUGGCUACGAAGAAGGAUCUAAAGAAUGAAGAGACAGAGAAGACAGAGAACGUGAAGUUUGAGAAGCCAAACUAUCACGCCGUGGCAGCGGCCAGAGCUGCUGGUCCCAAAUUUGCCGGCAGCAAAGAGAUUCCUGAGGGCGAGCCGGAUUGUCUUGCUGGUCUUACGUUUGUUUUCACCGGGGAGCUUGACAGUCUGGGCCGGGAUGAAGCUUCGGAACUCGUCAAGCGUUACGGAGGAAAGGUUACUGGUGCACCUUCCUCAAAGACUUCGUACGUUGUCCUGGGAGAAAACGCUGGACCAAAGAAGCUCGAGACUAUCAAGAAGAACAACAUCAAGACGUUGAAUGAGGACCAGUUCCUAGAUCUCAUUCGGAAUAGAGGCGCUGGGGAGGUCGACGACAAGACACUCAAGGCUAGAGCAAAGGCGGAGCAAGAGAUAAUGAAGCAGGCUGCAGAGCUUGAAGCGAGGGAAAAGGCGGAGGAAUCAGCGAGAAAAAGGAAAGAAAAGGCUUUGAGUGGGACCGGCAUUGCGUCCAAGAAGAUACCUCCCCUCUCGUCUCAGCUAUGGACAACAAAGUAUGCUCCGCAAAACAUCAAGGAGAUCUGCGGUAAUAAAGCGCCAGUGGAGAGACUCGGCGUCUGGCUGAACGACUGGCAAAAGAACUAUAAGUCUGGCUUCAAAAAACCUGGCAAGGACGGUAUGGGCAUUUACCGAGCCGUUCUCAUCUCCGGUCCUCCUGGAAUCGGCAAGACCACGUCCGCUCAUUUGAUGGCUAAGAUGGCGGGGUACAAUCCGAUAGAGCUGAAUGCAAGUGAUGCGAGGAGCAAGAAGCUGGUCGAGAACGGCACAAAUAUCGACAAUACUUCUCUCGAUGGAUUCUUCGCCGGGAAAGGUGUCCAGAGUACCACAGCCAUUGGCGAUCUCCGCGUUGAUUCUAGAACUUGUCUUAUCAUGGACGAAGUGGACGGCAUGUCGGCUGGUGACCGAGGUGGUGUCGGCGCUCUGAACGCUCUGAUCAAGAAGACGCGAAUUCCGAUGAUCUUAAUCUGUAACGAUAGAACUUUGCAGAAGAUGAAGCCAUUGCAAAGUACCACGUUCAACAUGACAUUCAAGCGCCCGGGCCCUGCCGAGAUACGAUCACGAUUGAUGUCAAUCAUCUUCAAGGAGAAGAUGAAGAUCCCUGCCAACGUCCUGGAUGAGCUGGUUAAGGGUGCCAAUUCGGACAUCCGACAGGUCUUGAACAUGCUUUCGACGUUCAAGCUGGGCAAGACAGAUAUGGAUUUCGAUGAGGGCAAACAGUUGUUGAAGAUGAACGAGAAGAAUAUGCUCCUCACCCCUUUCACGAUCAUCGAGAGGCUGACUGGACCAUACGCAUUUUCCAAGACGAACAAGGAGACUCUCAACGACAAGAUGGAGUUGUAUUUCCAUGACUUUGGCAUGGUCCCUCUGUUCAUGGAGGAGCACUACCUCAAGACUGCCCCAGCUGGACUUGGUAGUUACGCUGGUCAGGAGAAAGAUCUGAAACAUCUUGAACUCGUCAGCAAAGCCGCAGAUUCCAUAUCGGAUGGCGACCUCGUGGAUCGCAUGAUCCGAGGCUCCGAACAGCACUGGUCGCUGUUACCGCUACACGCCGUCACGUCGACCGUCAAACCUGCCUAUUUCACCUACGGUCCCAUGAGAUCUCAAGGAGGACCAGGGUCUGGCUUCUGGGGUCCAUCAUUCCCUCAGUGGCUUGGGCAGAAUUCGAAGCAGACCAAGCUGCAGCGUCUGCUUACAGAUAUCCAGAUUCGGAUGCGUUUGCGCGUGUCUGGGAGCAGACAGGAGAUCCGGGAGACGUACAUGCCAUUGCUGGCUACCAAGUUGGUCAUGCCUCUGAUCGACGACGGAACGGAUGCUAUCGAGGAUGUCAUAUCUGUGAUGGAUGAGUACUACCUCGGCAAAGAGGACUGGGAUGCGUUUGUCGAACUUGGAGUCGACACGAUGAAGGACGACCUGAUCACCAAAAAGAUCCCCUCGGCGACAAAGAGUGCAUUCACUAAACAAUACAACAAGUCCGAUCACCCUAUUGCGUUUCACAAGGGUGACAUGUUUGCGAGUGCAAAGAAGAAGAUUGCAGAUGUGGGUCCAGCGCCUGAUAAUGAAGAUGUCUUUGAGGAGGACGAAGCGCCACCUGACGAUGAAGAAUCGGUCAAGGGAGAAGAUCCAGAUGAAGAGGUCAAUGAUGUCUCGAAAGACAAAUUGAUCAAGGCGGUCGCUGCCAAAGGCAAGGCGAAGAGUAAAGUUGGGGCGGGGGCGGGCAAGAAGAAGUAG